UGCACCCCCUCUUUUGCGGCAGCCAUGCGGAUCAUGAUCAAGGGCGGUGUGUGGAAGAACACGGAAGAUGAGAUCCUAAAGGCAGCUGUAAUGAAAUACGGUAUGAACCAGUGGGCGCGCGUGGCGUCGCUGUUAUCGCGAAAAUCAGCCAAGCAAUGCAAGGCCCGCUGGUACGAAUGGCUGGACCCAAGCAUCAAGAAGACUGAGUGGAGUCGCGAGGAGGAGGAAAAACUACUUCAUCUCGCUAAACUCAUGCCUUCGCAGUGGCGCACCAUUGCCCCCAUUGUGGGUCGUACAGCUGCGCAGUGCAUGGAGCACUAUGAGCGGCUACUCGAUGCAGCCCAGCAGAAGGAGGGCGUCGAAGUCAGUGAUGACCCGAGACGUCUCCGCCCUGGGGAGAUCGAUCCCAACCCGGAAAACAAACCGGCACGUCCCGAUCCAGUGGACAUGGACGAAGAUGAGAAGGAAAUGCUGUCCGAAGCCAGAGCUCGUCUGGCCAAUACCAAGGGCAAGAAAGCUAAGCGCAAGGCUCGUGAGAAGCAGCUAGAAGAGGCAAGACGUCUCGCUGUAUUGCAGAAGAAACGUGAAUUGAAGGCAGCUGGCAUCAUGUCGUCCAACCCGAGAGUAAGCACGAAGAAGCGCAAGUUCAUCGACUAUUCCAGUGAGAUUCCGUUCGAAAAGAGAGCCCCAGCUGGGUUUUAUGAUGUCUCCGAGGAAAACCGACUUUCUAGCAAGGGACUUGACCCCAAGCACGCAGCGCUGCAGCUGGACAAAUUUGAGGGCGUGCGUCGUGACGCCCAGGAGAAGAAGGAGCGCAAACAGGAUGCUAAGCGGCAGAGAUCGCUGAUGAAGGCCAAUCUACCGCAACUUAUCGCUGCGGUGAAUGAGAAAAACGACCCGAUCAAUGCGAUCAAGCGCACUCCGCUUGAGCUGCCUGCUCCUGUGGUUUCCAACGAUGAGUUAAGCGAUCUCGCGAAGCUGGGAUUACAUGCUACCCACGCUGCUGCCACCGAGACGCGUGCUCUCAUGGGUGACUAUAGUAUCACCCCACUGCGCUCUAUCACUGGAGGAGCGAAUACAACGCCUUUUAGUCGAGACGUGCACGAGAAUAUUAUUCAGGAAACGGCCAAUCUACUUGCCAUGCGAGACAGUACUACCCCUUUAUUGGGCGGUGAAAACGUGGAGCUCUAUGAAGGAACAGGUUACGUGGGAGCUACCCCAUCUAGGACACCAUCAUCUGCUGUGUCCAGUACAGUCAAUGACAAGACGCCGAUGUCUGCAGCGUGUACACCCCUGCGCGACGAGUUACGCAUUAACCCAGAGCAGCUUUACGGCACAGAGGCUGAGAAUGCUAAGGCGGAGAAGGCUCGGACAAAGCGCCAAGCUGCAAGCCUACGGAAGGGCUUUGAUAGUUUGCCUGCUCCUCAAAACGAAUAUGAGAUUAACGCUCCGGACAACGAAACGAAUGACGAGGAUCGUGCCACUGCUCUUCUCGAGGAGGACGCUGGUGAGCGAGAAGCUCGUAAGUAUCACGAGCGUGAGCUGGAACGUGGACGUGAGCUUAUGCGGAGAUCAGCUGCCGUGCAAAAAGGGCUCCCUCGCCCAUCGAAGGUAAAGAAAUUGCUGAUUCAUAACGAAAUUGACGAGGUUGCAGACGAAAUGUAUCGAAUGCUGGAACACGAUGUUGUUAAAUACCCCGUGGAUGAUGGCAAGGCGAAGAAUAGCAAGAAGCGCAAAAAAUCCUCCCGCUCAGUUGCAAUCCCGAACUUGCAACAGUUUUCUGAUAGCGACAUGGAGCGUGCUCGGCAAAUGGUGCAAGUCGAGGCUACUUUAUCUGGGGUGAACGACGUCUGGAAGUCCAAGGACGCCUUAUUUCUUGGUGCGAAAUGGGAGGAAGUCCAAGCGCGCCAUUUGAGCAAGGCUGAGAGUGAAGGAAAGAGCGGUGAUGUGUUUUUCCAGUUUGCUGAUUCUCAGGGGGACAAACUGUGUGCCGUGCAAGCUCGUUUUGCGGAGCUGAAGGAAGCAGAGCAAUUCCUUGCCAAGCGCGCCCACAAGCUGGACGAACGUGCUCGAGUCGUUAAUGGUGGGUUUUACCGCCGCUCACAGCAUGGCUUGGAGCUGUUGCGUGAUCACAUGAUGGAGCUUCAGAAUGCUGCAAUUGAACAGGCAUGCUUCAAGAAUCUGUCUAGUCUUGAGACGCAGGCGCUGCAGAGCCGCAUGGCACGCUCAGCGAACGAAGUGAACUCGCAGCAGCUUACUGAGGUGAAAUUGCAGAAACAUUAUGCGGCUCUGAUUCAAGAGCAGCAGUAAUGCUACCAACGUGAACUUUUAUCUACAUUGUACUUCGAAGAUACUACCUCCGUUCGGAAAAAGAUAACCAUUUGUUUUUU